UCUCCCAUCUGAAAGCAAUCACCGCAUCCAAAUUUCACAGAACGAAUUCUCCAGAACUCAUCGGUUCUCUCUCGAGUCGGCUUUCUUCCUUCUUCCCACUCUGCACUUUAGAUUGUUCCAGCGGCUUUCUGCCAGUAUCUCCAGCGUCUUCUCGCCGAAUCAUCGCAAGGAUGCUCGAGCUGGAAGCCAUUUCGAGAAACUUAGGAUGAAAUACACAUUGUGAAUCAUCUAGGAAAUCUUGCAAAACCUGAACUUUGUUUUUCUGCCAUCUGAGUUGGUCUCCAUCUGGAGUGCCACAUGGCAACUUUUUCACUACCAUUCACAAUACAAUCUCAUUUUAUCAACUGUGGGGCCACCAAAUCACCUAAGUUGAUAGAUACCAGUCACCGUGUUUAUGGACAGAGAGUGGCACACAGCUUAGAGAAAAUGGCCGCUGAAAGAAGCCUCAAUCAUGGAGAAGUUACAAAAUAUGCAACAAAAGAUUCUUUCAGGAACCAUAUUAUGAAAGUAUAUGCCACAUCAGGGGUCUCUGUUGUCCAAACUGAACAAAGAUCUUCCAUUUACCUAUUUAGGACAGAAGUUGGUGGUCACGUGAAGGUAUUUGUUGGAAAGAAGAAUCUCAAAUACAGUGUGCAUGUUGAAGUUUCAUCCUUGCCACUAAGUGGUAGUGAGAAUAAGGUGGUAAUGAGUUGGGGUAUCUUUAAAUCUGACUCAUCACAUUUUAUGCCUUUGAACUUUGAAAAUUCAACUCCAGAUUCCAGAUCCAAGACAGUUGAGACUCCAUUUGCUCGAAAAUCACUAGACAGUCUUGCAGCUCAGUUGGAUUUUGAAGCGAGCAUGGUGCCCUUCUAUCUGUCCUUCCUGCUAAAGUCUCAUCCUGAUGGAGAUUCAAGAAGUUUAGUUAUCAGAAGCCAUAGGAAUGCAAGUUUCUGUGUGCCAGUUGGUCUUGGUUCUGGACUUCCUGCUCCACUGGGUCUUUCCUUUGCAGCUGAUGGUUCAAUGAAUUUUGCUCUCUUCUCACAAAGUGCUGAAGGUGUGGUUUUGUGUUUGUAUGAUGACACCAAGGUGGACCAACCUGCAUUACAGAUUGAUCUAGAUCCAUAUCUCAACAAAUCAGGUGACAUUUGGCAUGCCUCAAUGGAUAAUGCGCUACCCUUUGUCAGCUAUGGCUAUCAAUGCAAGGGAGGCAUUCAUGACAAAGGUAACAAGUUGCAAACCGAACAUAUUCUGUUAGAUCCAUAUGCUAAGAUCAUUGGGAAUGCUAAUCCCGGUGUGCUCCCAAAAAUUCUUGGAAAAUUGAUCAAGAAACCCACUUUUGAUUGGAGUGGGGAUGUUCAUCCUUGUACACCUAUGGAGAAACUAGUAGUUUAUCGAGUAAAUGUAGCACGUUUUACCAAACACAAGUCGAGUAAGUUGCCCAAUGAUAUUGCGGGAACUUUUUCUGGCAUUGCUGAAAAGUUGCACCAUUUCAAAGAUCUCGGGGUAAAUGCUGUCUUACUGGAGCCAGUGUUCCCCUUUGAUGAGGAGAAGGGACCUUAUUUCCCUUUCCAUUUCUUUUCAGCAACAAACCUAUACGGACCUUCUGGUGACCCAGCAGCCACUAUUAAUUCAAUGAAAGAGAUGGUGAAGACAUUGCAUGCCAACGGAAUAGAGGUUCUCCUGGAGGUUGUGUAUACCCACACUGCCAAAGGUGUUGCAUUGAGAGAAAUUGAUAAUUCAUCCUAUUAUUUUGGUGGUGAGGAUGAAGGUUUGGGAGCCAGGGAUGCUUUAAAUUGUAACUACCCUAUUGUUCAACAGAUGAUUUUAGAUAGCCUUUGUCACUGGGUGACUGAGUUUCAUGUGGAUGGCUUUUGUUUCAUCAAUGCUCCAUUGCUGUUGAAAGGAUUUCACGGUGAAUAUCUGUCUCGCCCUCCUUUGGUUGAAGCAAUUGCUUUUGAUCCAUUGCUUGCGAAGGCCAAGAUAAUUGCGGAUUCGUGGGACCCACAUGACAUGGUAUCGGAAGAAAUCCCUUUUCCUCAUUGGAAGAGAUGGGCAGAAAUAAAUACAAAGUUUUGUGAUGAUGUAAGAAAGUUUUUGAGGGGUGAGAAUCUUAUUAGUGCCCUUGCUACACGGCUUUGUGGGAGUGGGGAUGUCUUCUCGAAUGGGAGAGGACCAGCAUUCUCUUUCAAUUUCAUUGCAAGAAACUUUGGGGUCCCUCUUGUCGACUUGGUCAGCUUCAGCAGCACUGAGUUGGCCUCGCAACUAAGUUGGAACUGUGGGGAAGAAGGUCCAACCAAUAAAUCUGUUGUCCUCAAGACACGACUCAAGCAAAUUCGCAAUUUUCUCUUCAUUUUGUUUGUCUCACUGGGGGUUCCUGUCCUUAACAUGGGAGAUGAAUGCGGGCAGUCUUCUGGGGGCUCCCCUUCAUAUGGUGACAGAAAGCCCUUAGACUGGAAUGCUUUGAGCACCGGAUUUGGGAUUCAGACCACAAAGUUCAUUUCAUUCCUGAGCUCUCUAAGGAUGAGACGAAGUGAUCUUCUUCAGAAGAGGAACUUCUUGGGAGAAGACAAUAUCGAAUGGCAUGGAAUCGACCAGUCCCCACCAAAAUGGGAAGACCCGUCAAGCAGAUUCCUAGCCAUGACAUUGAAAGUUGACAAAGAUGGGAGUGACUCGAGCUCUGAGUUAUCUGCUUUAAAGGGUGGUGAUCUGUUUGUUGCAUUCAAUGCUGCUGAUCACUCAGAGAGAGUGAUUCUACCUCCACCUCCGGCAGAGAUGGCAUGGGUCCGUUUGGUUGACACAGCCCUUCCUUUUCCAGGAUUCUUUUCCGAAGAUGGUGACCCUGCCCUUGAGCAGGAGGAGGCUGGGUAUGAGAUGAAGUCUCACAGUUGUGUCCUGCUUGAAGCCAGGAGAGCCUAAUAAGAGGUUGAAGCAGUUUCCCUUGCUUGUCUCUCACCCCUAACCCCAACCAAAAGAAGGGGAAGACAUGAAGAAAAAGAAUGGGAAGAGUGGUACAUUAGGAUGUGGAGGCUUGCAGCAAAUAAGAUUUGGAAGGUUGGUGUACUAAGCAUGUGUGCUUUGUCAGUUCUUUUGUUUGAAUAAGAGCUUCUGCAUAUAUUCCAGCUUUCAAGCUUAAUUAGCCAUUCCACCAUUAAUUAAUUUUUCUUUUGUAAAGUUCUAGAGAAAUAUAAUCCUAUGAGUCCCAGCCAGCCAAAGUACAUUAUGGUAAUGUGAAGUGAAGACUUUGCAAACAAAUAAAAAUAGUUCAAACUUAUAUUUUUGCA